AUGUUGGGCCAGAGCAUCCAGAGGUUCACAACCUCUGUGCUCUGCAGAUGCCACUGUGAGGAGGACCCUGAAAAAAAUUUGCCAUUUUCGGUGGAAAACAAGUGGCGGUUACUAGCUAUGAUGGGUUUGUACUUUGGAUCUAGAUUUGCUACACCCUUCUUUAUAGUAAGACACCAACUGCUUAAAAAAUAA